UCGGCGGCUCCGGUGGCUGCGCAGCGUCGGGGAGCGCGGGCUGCGGUGAGGCGGGCCAGCCCAGCGAGCGGGAGAGCGGCUUCGGGAGGCGGCCGAGCGCGGGACGAGCGGCCCAGCCUGCGGCUGAGGAGUCUCCGCGGCGCUGCUCCGCGCCUCACCCCGCGCCGAGCCCGCCCGGGCCGGCGUGCGCCGGUCACCGAGGAGGCCCAGGCUGCCGAGCGCGGCGCAGUGAGGAAAAAAGUUGUUUAAGAAAUACAGAAAAGUGCAAAAGGAACACUAAACUCACCUCAUCCAGAGAGCUUGAAAUCAUGAAUCCUGUUUAUAGCCCUGGAUCAUCUGGGGUUCCCUAUGCAAAUGCCAAAGGAAUCGGUUAUCCAGCUGGCUUUCCCAUGGGCUAUGCAGCAGCAGCUCCUGCGUAUUCUCCUAACAUGUACCCUGGAGCAAAUCCUGCCUUCCAGACAGGCUAUACUCCUGGCACCCCCUACAAAGUGUCAUGUUCCCCUACCAGCGGGGCUGUGCCGCCAUAUUCCUCCUCUCCCAACCCCUACCAGACAGCCGUGUACCCUGUAAGAAGUGCCUACCCCCAGCAGAGCCCAUAUGCCCAGUUGUCUCUCUUCUUCCCACAGCAAGGCACUUACUAUACACAACCACUGUAUGCAGCGCCCCCUCACGUCAUCCACCACACCACAGUGGUGCAGCCUAAUGGCAUGCCAGCGACUGUGUACCCUGCGCCCAUCCCUCCUCCUCGAGGCAAUGGGGUCACCAUGGGCAUGGUUGCUGGGACCACCAUGGCCAUGUCAGCAGGUACUCUGCUGACUGCUCAUUCUCCAACUCCUGUUGCCCCUCACCCAGUCACUGUGCCCACAUACCGGGCCCCAGGAACACCCACCUACAGCUACGUGCCCCCUCAAUGGUGAUUACCCUGCAAAUAAAUGUGUGAGGAUGGAGCUGUGCAGUCACAUCAUUGAGUUCCACAGCUGGUGCUGCAGGCCUUGUGCCUCCAACCAGGACUUUCUUCUUAAUGCUCUCGACACUUAGCUAAAUACUACGUCCCGGCCCAGCAGGUCCCAGCGCCGUUAGUCUCCAACUAACUCUGUGGGUUGGUCUUAAAGCAAAUCCUGUUUUGUGGACUGCCUGGCAAUUUUUUAGCUAACUGUAAUGAUAAAAAAAACAAAAGGGAGUAUUAAUCUAUUCUGACUCAUAUCUAGUUGAAUGCAUGUUUAAAAAAUACACAAAAACAAAGCUUGCUCAAUCUACCUGCAGUGACUGAUGCAAAACCAUCAUAUGCAAAACCCAAAGGUAUGGAAAUGUAUUUUACAACUUGUAUCACUAAUGCACUGUUGUAAUGUAUGCAGUCUUAAAGUUACAUGUGUUAAAGUGAAUUUCUUCCUAGAGCAUCUGGAUACCAGAGAUGACUCUUCAGCCACUUGGGGUUGAUGUGGGUUGCCAGUUAGGGAUGUGAGCUUUUAGUUUUUAGUGACCUGUUUUGUUUGGGGUUUUGGGGGGUACUCACUGAGCCAGGAAGUUGCUGCAGAGGUGGGAUGAGAGUAGGUUGGCUGCAGUGGUUUGGGAGCCACUGGUUAGCAGUUGUCCCUGUCCUGUUGAGGUUUGGUGGGGUUAGGGAGCAGAUACAUGCUUAAAAUACCAUCACACAAGAUGAGAGCGGAGGGAGCCGUGACAGUUUGGGGUGGGAGGUGGUCUGUGUGUCAGCACCACAAUGGUCUUUGCCACCUGAGCAUUUAUACAUGACUCUUACAGAGAAUCAUGCUUUGUAUAUUUGUUGGAAAACUAUGUAGAACAAUUUUUUUUUUCCUGAGAGUGAAAGAGCCACGCUUAGAAGAGGCAUUGCCCUCUGCUUUAGCAUAGAAAGUCAUCCCCUGUUUUUAUUUCCCCAAGAAAUACAUGAAUCAGGUGAAAACACAUAGGCAUCACUGUUUUCAUUCAACAAGGGCAAAGAUUACAACUAUAUGUAAUGAAGUAUAUUUAAAAGGGAACAAAAUUGUAUUUUAAAUUCCUCAUGUUUCUUAAAAGCCAAGCCAUGAGUAUAUCUGAAAAUGGUAGUACAUAUGGCUGGUCUUGGGGAGGUGUCCACCUGGUGAAGACUUGUCUUCUCGACUGGCUACAGAAGACUUGUAAAGCUGGGAUGAGAGGGAGCUUCUUUUGCUACCUUUUGUAGCUGAAAGCAUUCAAUGCCAAGCACAUGUGGACAGCAAAAGGGUGAGGAGGCAUCAGGAAGCUCUUGGCUGCCCAGUAUCCAUUAUGGAAACGAUUUUAAGGUUAAAAUCAGUAUAUAUAUAAGAAAUCAAGAGGAUUUUGUUUUUGCCUAAAUAUGCCCAACUUGCAUCAGUGGAACUGUGUCUGUGUCCUCGGUGAGGGCAUGAGGAUAUGUUCAUGUGUUCCAUUUCAGGGGUCUGUGGGAUAGGAGCACAUAGUUUUCCAACCCCAUCCUGUGUAGAGUGCUAUGGGCUUUGGCUGGGAUGCUGGCCUGUGCUUCUGCGUCUGGCAGCUCGGUCAGGGCUGUGGCGCUGCAGUGAAGGUGCCUCAGUGGUCAGCCUGGUUAGUAGGUGGAACUCUUGGCCACUGGGCCUUUGGUGACCCUAUUUUUUUUAUAGUAAUACUUUAAUUUUUUUAACAUUUCAUUUUAUAAUAAGUCUAGGGAGGUUUUUGCAUGGAUCAGUGUAAACAGAAGAUUUCUUUAUUCCUAAUACCCAUUAACAUAGAAUGUUUACUGAUAAGUACUUUAAACCAUGUCAUGAGCACUUAGUAUGUGUGUGUGUGUGCGUGUGUGUGUGUGCGCAUGUGUGAGCGUGUGUGUGUGUGUGUCUGUGUCUGUGUGUGUAUGUAUAGUGGCAACUCCAUCUGUAUAGUGGAUGGUUUGCAAAUAUCAGUAGGUUUCUAGGAUUCCAGGGAUUCAACAGACCAGAAGGCAGUUUUCUCAGGUGAAGGACCAUCCAUCAGGAGAAUAUACUCAUGAUUUUAGUGUGUGCUAAAACACACACACACACACACAUACACAUACACACAUAUACCCUUAGAAAGUUACACAAUUUCUUGUCUAAAGGAAGUUACCUAGGCUUGGCUGUAGGCCAGCUUGAGAUGGGUACACACAGUGUGUUCACAGUGCUGAGGUAAAAGUGUUUCCAUAUGAAGAAGAAUGAGUUCCAUCUCCUCCACUGUUAAAUCUGAUUUGUAAACACUUUACCUAUAUUUAAAAGUCUUGCUUUUUUUCUGAAAUUGAGUUGAGAUACUAUCAAAUACUGCAUAUACCAUUCAUCUGUGUGGAAAUACUUUUCAAAUUUGAAACUGUUAGGACAUCAGCUCUCAAAUCUGGUGAUGAAAGUAGAUUGUCAUUUUUUAACAGCAAUUCAGUUCUAGUAAAAAGGCCUAGAACUUGGAUCAGUAUUAUUAUAAAACUAUAAUUUGGUGUCUCAAGCAUAAUGUGGAACAUUCCAAGAGUUUUGUGCUUUUGUUUGACAUUCCUGACUUGUGAGUCCUAAAGUUGAACUAAAAGUUUAGAAAUUGAGACAGGGAAGCACAGGGCCUAAUUCCUGUGAACAUGGAUAUCAUUAGAGCUAUCAAAAGUUUUGUUCUCAGCCUUAGGUUGUGUGUUCUUUCACUGUGUCCUGUUACUGCUCUCUCCUUGCAGAAUUCUAGUUUAGUUGUGGUCUGGAGGUGGUUCUGUUGAGUGACCUGUGAGCUUCCUGACUCAGAAGUGAGGCCCCCUUAGGACCUUGCCAAUCAGGUGACAUAGACAUAGGAGACUUGGGCAAAUUCAUGUCUCUUGUGGUCCUGUUUUUAAAAAAAUAAAAUAAAAACAAACAUUGUUGCAGUUAUGGCCUGCUGAUUGGUGUUGUGUGAAACUUAUUCUUGAGUACCCUGAGGAGGCAGUGUUUUCAGGAGGCUGAGUGUCCUGCCCUUCCCUCUGUUAGCACCUGUGCCUCAUUCUGUCUGGUGGUGCUAUCUGCUGAGACAGAUGUGGCCCAAGAAGUAAUUAAAGAAUGUUUUCUGGGAGAGAAGGGAGCUCAUUCUAUGGGCUUUUAUGAUGAUGCCAGUGGAGGUGAUGAGAGCCUGGAGCAUACCAGCUAUAAAUACUGGGGCUGCUUCACAGAGGAAAUCGUUUCCUCACCAGGCCUUGUUGAACAUUUAUGAACAGUGUCACUUUGACCAAUUGGGCCACCCCUCACUCAAGAGUUGACAGUUGGCUACUGCAGUUUUUGUCUGCCUGUCACUUCCUGAAUGGCACAGAACCUCCCACACAUGCAGUGGCAGGUGGGUGGCUGCUGGUCCUUCUCUGGUGCUCUAUUCUAAGGGGUCUGGAGUGUAUGAGUAUGUUUGGAUCUAGGAGGGCUGAGCUUGACUCUCCUGCCCCAACAUAUCCCAGGCUUGUAUGUGUUUUUCUCUGAGCUGCCCACUGCCCUCGCCCACUGAAAGGCAGCUGACUGAUAAGCUGUGGAUUACAUGCAUGAGAACAAAACAGCUCUUGGUAGGAAUGAAUGGCAGAGUUGAUCUCGUAUGUUUCAGAGAAUCUAUCCCUUCCCAUUCUCCAUUAACAGAAAACAGGUAUAACCUUACUUUAGUCCAGGGGACCAAAUCAGUUGGUACAGGGAGACAGAGACAAGCAACUAGGUGUAGGGAGCCUCCGUAUCUUUCAGGAGGAGGGUAGGUGUCUAAGACUAGUGUGACAAGCAACUCCCUGGACAAGGUAGCUGUGGGCCUUGGUACAGAACAGCUGUCAGGAGAACAGAACAGUCAAGCCUGGCUCCCUGCAGGGUUGCUGAUACUACUCAGAGGAGAGGCCCCAAGGAGCCUUAGUGUUGUGACUGAAUAGGAAAUGGUUCCUUUUCCUUUUUUUCUUUUUUUUUUUUUUUAAUAAUUUUUAAAUACUUUUUUACACUGUUCUCUUGGUACCUUUUUUAAGCUUAAGUCAGCAUUGUCUUCCAGUGUUACAGGCAUCCCUUGCCUCUGCAUUGAACAUAAUGUGUCAAUAACAAAGGAAUGGACCAUCCAUCCUGAGCCAGUUCAAUUAGGUGUAAAUCACACAGUUUUAAUUUUUUAUGCAAUCUGAUGAGUAGAUGAACUCAGAUUUAAAAUUCUUCAAAGCACGUUUAUUGUAACAAUAAUUGUUAUGUAUUAAUACUGCAGUUUUCAAUAAAGAUUGACUUGUGUUGCA